CGCGUGUACGUCGUGUUCCCAAAACAGCAGCCGAGGGAGGCGAUCCGAGAGCAGAAGGGGCUUUGAAGUACUUGGCCGCACAUUUCUCCGAACAACGUACAACCUGACUGAACAUUCAAACGUGUCUCCUUGUAAACCCUCCACAGAAGGGAAGUAUUUGUUUACCACAUUCUGUCUCUCUCUACAUUUGCUUUUGCUUUUACUUCCUCAGUGUGGACGGACUUUGGUCAGCAAACCAACCAUUCACCAUGGCUGCUGCUGCUGCUGUUGUUGCUAAAUCCCCCAAAGGCAGCCUCAGAGAGGACCUGACAUGUGCCAUAUGUUGUGACCUGUUCCGGGAGCCUGUCAUGUUGGCCUGCAUGCACCACUUCUGCAAACCCUGCAUCUCCAGGUACUGGAGAGGGACUCAGGGGCCUGUGACCUGCCCGCAAUGUCGCAAGGAGUUCAGCUCCAAGCAGUUCCAAACUAACUACCUUGUGACAGCCAUGGUGGAGAAGGUCCGGGCCACCACCUCGGACACGUAUAUGAAAAACCUAGAGAAACAACUGAAAGAGACUUUGGAAAGCUAUCGCCUGAAGAAGGAGGACUUCAUCAACAGUAUUCGCAGAGACAAAGACAAGAUGGAUACCAUAAAGAGAUUCGGCACAGAUCUGCAGACUCGUGUCAAAGGGGAAUUCCGAGCUCUUUAUCAGAUCCUGCACGAUGAGGAGACCUGUGCGCUGGAGCAGCUAAGGAGAGAGCAGGAGGAGGAGCUGGAGAAAGUCCAGCGCCACCUGGAGGCCACGGAGAUGGCCGUGAGGGAGCUGGAGGACAAUAUGAGAGCGCUACAGCAGGCUAGCGCAGCCACUGAGAGCAUCAUACUGACUGAGCUCCCACAGCUAAGGUCACGUGUGCAGGUGGCUGUUGUCCCGGAGUUUGACACAAACGCUUUCAGCAACAAAUACUUGGCCCCAUUACAGUACAUCACAUGGAGAAAGAUGUUCAAGUCUUUGAAUCCAGGUCCUGCUCCAUUAACGUUUGAUGUCGACACAGCGCACCCGAACAUUCAGGUCUCCAGGGACAAAACGGCCGCAGUCGAAUGCGACGUCAUGAUCCCACAUACAGACCACAGCAAGCGUUUCCUCCAGUGCGUCAACAUUCUGGCUGCCCAGGGCUUCCAGUCAGGCCGACACUACUGGGAGGUAGAAGUGGGCUCCAAACCCAAGUGGGACCUGGGCGUGGCCUCUGAGGCCGUAGACAGGCACGCUCGGAUCAAGCUGAGCCCCGAAACCGGCUACUGGACGCUGAGGCUGCGUAACGGGAGCGAGUACUCGGCCGGCACACAGCCCUGGACGAGGCUGCAGAUCGGCUCUUCCCCUCAGAGGCUCGGGGUCUUCUUAGACUGCGACGAGAGGAGGGUGUCCUUCUACAACGCCGACGAUAUGAGCCUGCUCUACUCGUUCACCAACGGGCCGAGGGGCAAGGCGUUCCCCUUCUUCAGCCCGUGCAUUAGUGACCGCAGUCAAAAACCUCCACCAAUCAAACUCCUCCAGUACCAUCACGUCGCUCUGUCUGGCUGACAUGGGUGUAAAAGCUUUUCAUUCACUUAUUGGCCAAUGACUGUUAUCACACAGCUUUAAAAAGGCCAUACUGCCAUUGUAAGCAUUAUGGUACUAUAUCACAAGAUUUCAAAAUGUCAGAUUGUUCUCUUAUUUUCCAUGCUUUAAUGAUUGGGCAUCACCAGAUGCAUCUAGUUUCUGUAAUAAACCUUAAAAGCCUUGAAAUGUUAAGGAAAUUGCCAUAUUCACCGUAUGAUAACAAUUCCAUUGUGCUGUAAUUAUUCAGCGGCUGAAUUCGAUUUGCCGGAGCAGUCAGCAGAAACAUUAAAAAACACUAAAUUCAACCAUUUUGCGUCGAAUAUAGUGAAGCUCUGAUGCAUCAAAUUACAUUUCAAGAUAGAUGAUGUAUUUUCCGAUUUAAUAAUUUAUUUUGUUAAGUUUACCCAGCUCCUGUUGAUUUUUUUUUAUUUGUACAUUCAUUUAUAUACGUUAUAUGUGCCUAAGUGUAAUAUAAUACACACUUAAUGUUGUAUCGCUCAAGGAAAUAAACUUAAAUGUAGUUCUUCGCAUUAUUCAGUCUAUGCAGUAUAUUUACAUUGUCAGUUACAUGCUUGGAUCAUUUCCUGGUAAAGACCCAAACAAUUGCUGUAAAACCUGCUGAUGCAAAUAAUAAUAAAACCAAAUCACUUUUUCUUUCUUAAAUAAA